UUUCAUAAGAGAGAGAGAAGCAGAGAGAGAGAACGAGCAGCGUGGUGUGGAAAAGCAGGUGUGAUUCAUGAAUAAACUGUACUUUGCAACCCUGUAGGAUACUGAUGAAACAAAUAGAAUUUUCACAGACAUGGAUAAUACAAGAACACAAGACACUUUUUCACAGUUAAGCCAGGAAAAGAUCCUCAAAAUUAUGAACAUGGUGAAAAAUAAAGAAGUGAGCAUUGAGGGGGCUUUGCAUUUGGCACAGAAGGAGGUGUAUACUGAGAAGGAUUCCCAGGAUUUGUUGACUGGAUCACAAUUUAACUUCAUUAUCUACAAAUACAAACACUAUCGGUGGCAGAAGCGAAUUUUGCAGAUUGAUUUCAACACAAGGACCAUUUUUAACAUUGAAAAAGGAAUUAUUAAGAAACAGUUCCCUUUCUCUCAAGUCAAAGCCUGUGAAGACACUGAAAGGAGGCGCUUCAGCAUUGUGUUUCAUGGGCGACAAGAUUAUGAGCUGGAAGCUGUGUCUCUUGAUGAUAAAAGGAAGAUAAUAUACCUCCUGAGCAGAGUUUUACAGAGCAAUUCAUACAAGAGACCAGUGGAGUCCUGCUCUGGGAGACCUGCAGAAUGGGAUGUGAUACAUGAAGGGCUGCUGGAUUUGCAGCAGAACACUUUUGCAUCCACUGAAUGGGUGAAGUACUUGGUGCAACUACGUGAAGGAGAAUUGACUUUAUAUUGCAUAGGUCUGGGAGGAAAGAACAGGACUGCAGACCCUGGAGCAAACACAAUUAAUUUGUCAGGUGGGGAUGUGAGUGUCAGCAAGGAGAAUGGAUGCAGCACCUUUUCAGUUCAGACCAAAGAUCACAAUUAUUUGUUUCGAAUACCCUUUACUGUCCAAAACAGCAGGCCAGAGGAUGUUGGCAAGCUCCAGAAUGAAUGGGUGUCUCUCCUAGAAAGGUACUGUCAGCUGGGCCAGGGGGCCUCCCCGCCUCAGGAGGGAUCUCAAGGAUGCACCUCCCCUGAAGCUGAUUAUGAGGAAUUUAUUGUACCUCUGAAUGAACAGAAAGAGGAGACUCUGCACUUUGGUGUGAGUCCUGAAAGGACCAGUCUGAACAAGUCUCCAAGCCCCCAGACAAAGCCUGCAGAGGGGGAAGGAGGGCCAGCAUCACCAUCUCUUCCACUUCCCAUAAGUAGGGCAGAGGUACCACCAGCCCCUCCUGCCCUUCCACAGCCCUGCAGCCUCUCUCCAGCAGCAAAGAGAACCAAAGCCUUUCACUGGGAUGUUGUUCCUUCUGAUAAGAUUCACAAAUCUGUCUGGGGAUCACGUGACCCAUUUAAGAAGAAAAUUGAUGUAUCCAGGCUCUGUGAACAGUUCCAGAUCCAGGACACAGCAGUAUUUUCGGGCAAUGAGCCUUCAGUGAAUCAGCACAUCAUGUUAGACCGAAAAGUUGCACAUAACUUCAACAUUUUUCUUAAAAGUUUCCGUAUCAAACCAAGUGAGCUGAAAGAAAAACUGUACAUCAUACAUGAGGAGAGUGGUGGACUCACAGAUGAGCAGAUUACAGCACUGAGGAGAUACAUGCCAACAGCAAAAGAUGCAGAAAGGUACCAGUCAUUCAAGGGGUCGUGUUCAGAGCUGCACGUGGUUGACCAGUUUAUGUUAGAGAUGUGUAAAAUCCCUCACUUGGGCCAGAGGUUGGAUCUCCUGCUCACUGUUCGUGAGCUCCCUGAGAGCAUGAGAGAUUUGGAGCCUCUGAUAAACCAGAAGAUCCAAGCCAGUAAGCAGCUGCAAUCCAGCCAGAAGUUUGUUGCUGUUUUGGAGUACAUUUUAGCCAUUGGGAACCAUCUAAAUGAGAAGGCUGGAAAAGAGGUGGUGAAAGGAUUUCGAUUGUCAUCUUUGGCCAAAUUACCUCUGCUGAGGGGUAAAGAGAGGACGUUCACUUUGCUUCACGCCCUUGUGGAACAGAUCCUCUUACAUGAGCCUGAUCUGGCCACAUUUUCUCAGGAGUUGACAGAAUUUGAAGCUGUUCCUGAUGCUUCCAUGAAGGGACUCAGUGCUGAAGUUGAUGUUUUAAGAAAAGAAUUGGAAAACAUUAUUCAGUGCAGGAGGCUUAUUAAACCCAAGACAAUCAAGGCAACACCCCAGGAAUUACAGUUCUGCAAGGAACUAAAGGAUUUAAUUCAGAAAUAUGAAGGGGAUCUAUCCCAGCUGUCAAAAAGAUGUGAUGAAAUGAAGAAGCUUUAUAGCAACGUACUGGUAAAGUUUGGGGAGCCACAAGACCUGGACUCCCAAGAACUCUUUGGAUGGAUAUCUUCCUUCAUUAGUGAGUUUAGGAAGGCCUGUGCUGAAGUCACACCAUAAGGAGAACACAGACCUUAUAGAGAGGUGAGGGAAAGAGGAAUCCAGGAAACAAGAUUUAUUUGGUUUGUUACUUACUGAUAAAAACCACAUAACCAGUAUCUGUACAGCAGAACACCUGAUUUUGAGAGAUAUUCAGUUUAUAAUGUGUAAUUUGUAAGUGGUAUUUGUAGAAUCCCAGAUGACUUAAGAGCCUCUCUAUUAAUUUUUCUCAUGUACAUGUUAUAGUACCUUGAGAUUCCUGUAUAUUUAGAAAGGAAACACAUCUGACAUUUUAUAACUUCUCUUUUCAAUCUUCUCCUUUGAUACCCAGCCUUCUGACUCAGUUUUAACUAUUAUUUUCAAUGAGUAAGUUUCUAUAUGGUCUUCUGAUUUCUAAAUAAUACUUUCCCAAGUUUAAUAAUGAAAUGGGGAGCUGUUACCCACAGAGGAGACUAUUUAACCAAAAUUCUAGUUUGUUUUUAUGCUAUUAAAGCACUGAAGCCUUAGUAUGGAAUGGAGAAAGUAUCUGGCUAGGUGUUUUGUUUUGUAGUACAAUAAAAUGGUGCUUUUUAUGGCUAAUGUCAUGUAUUGGGAUAAAAUGCUACAGAAAUCAAUCAAUAUGUGAGAUUUGCAUUUGCAGGAAGACAAAAAUGUCAGAGAAGCAAAAUAAAAAGGUGUCACAAAGUA